UCGGCUAAUUGAGCGUGAUCCCAGUGAAACGGAUUCAAUCGCAGGGUGCGUUGAUAAACGUUGUGAGUGGGGUUCGUCUGGGGAGCAGUGUGUGUGCAUUCUGAUCCUGUAGCUUUGUGGGUGUUGGGGUUCUCAAUCGUAGUGGUAGUUCUUGCGUGGUGCAUUGAUGUGCUUGGGGGUGGGUUACAGAGAUAGAAUGCAAGCAAACGAUGGUUGAUUCGUCGGAGCGGGAAGAAGUUGAAUUGCGUCUUUGUACUGGAGUGCACGUGGGGUGUUGAUGACUAACGUGUUAUGAGAUGGAUGACCUGUUUGUGACUUAUUUUAAUUGAACUUCUGCAAUCUGAGAAUAUUGGUAGGACCUGAGCAUCACAGAAGAUCAGCAAGUGUUGGGAGGAGGCGUAGCAGAGUUUGUGGGAGCUUUUCUUGAGCAAGUGUAACGGGUCAGGAAGGUGCAGCCAGCUAUCUACGAUCGUUUUUCUUACAGUUAGACUGGUAGCAAGUAAAAUUCUUUAGAAGGUAGCGAAGAUGGCGAUGGAUGGAAUUGGUCCGGAUGGUGAUGCGGUGAUAGAGGAUGGGCUGGGGCCUGAUGAUGAGGUGGUUGGAGAUACCUUCUGUUCUACACCGGAGAAGAGUGUACCAGUUGAAAAGACACCUGACAAAGGAGUUGGCAAGGGAGGAGGACUUCCUCUUUCGAGGACUAAGAGUUUGGGACAGCUUUUCGGUUAUAGUCGCAUCACCCCGAUGGUCAAUACGUUGAAAUAUGCUGAUCUUUCAGAAAGGCAAAAACAAGAGAUAAAGUUCCCACCACGGACAUUUGAUUAUCUGCGGGAUGAUAUACGACAGAAUCUUAUUGAUCUCGUCAACUUCAAGAUUUCCAAAGAAAAAGUUGAGGAGAGCAUGCCACUCUCGCCGUUGAAGUCGAAGCCAGAGCAGACCAACAAAGCGGACGAGUUGGUCCAAACGUAUGCAAUACCGCACCACAAACCAUCAAAGUCUGUUCACGAGGCAAAAGCAGUAGAGGGGCGAGAGGUUGAGGAAUCGAAGACGAAGAGUGGAAACUUGCCGCGAAAGGAAGGCAAGCCGUUUGAGAGCUUUUUGUUGGUUCAUAAUGUUGCGAAGAGGCACAAUUUGGGAACCUUGGCACGAAGUGCAACUGCAUUUGGGGUAUCAGAGAUAAUCCUCGUGGGCCGGAAAGACUUCAAUGCAUUUGGUAGCCAUGGUGCUACACUCCACCUACAGUUUCGUCACUUUCAAACUCUUCCAGCAGCUGUCAAGUAUCUAAAGGAUAAGAACGUAUCAAUUUGUGGGGUGGAGAUCACCGAGGGUGCAGCUGGAGUGCAUAAAUAUCCUUUUACUGGCAGCACCGCUUUUGUACUCGGGAACGAGGGAACUGGACUCUCUGACAAAGAAAUGGAAAUCUGUGAUUUUUUUGUUUAUAUCCCUCAAAAUGGGCCUGGCACAGCUUCACUGAACGUGACUGUUGCAGCCUCAAUUGUUCUUCACCAAUUCGCAGUGUGGGCAGAGUUUCCUGAGCGGGAGAGGGACGGCCAGAAGUUCGUUGUGGCAGACAGACCUGUGAGGCGUGGACCUCGUAACAUGUGUCCAGACGAUCCCGCAGAGGUGUCUGAACGAAGAAGGCUGAAGUCGGAGUCUGUAGCUGAAGAUUGGCUGCUUUGCGACACUUUAUACGAUGCUUCUGACGAUGCCACUGAUGAAGCCGGUCUGGGGGGCGAGACGGAAUAGUCCUUUGCAACGCCAAGCUUUUAGGCGUAGGAAUAACGUGUUGCAAGAACGCUUUUUGGAUUCCUCAGAAGUAAUAGGUGCUGUUUAGUUACCUGAUCAUACGUUCCUUAUUAUGUCUUGGGGAAGGCACAGUACAUUCUUGAGGCUUAUUGUCAUAAGGACAAGGUGACAGGCGUAUUUCGCUUGUUGAUGACAUAAGGAUGGCAACCGACAAUCACGAAGGCAUUGUUUCAGAUUUGGUGUAUAUUUUAUGAACAUUUAAGCACUGGCAGGCUACUUGCAUGGACUUCGAAUGUCUCAGGUAGGUAAGUUCAGGAUGAUGAAGAAAACCAAUAGAUGUAGGUUUUAGCAGGGUGUUCAAUCACCUUUCUCCAAUCAAAGCGUGUGGUUCUUUCCCAAUCAAAUUGAAGCUAUUUGGGAGGCCCUGAUUUGUGUUGAUGCCUUUUAAUAUCGUCCUCUGUCAGCGUUGAGUAACUACACUUUUCUGUAGCGAGAUUGUUGGGCAGGUAGGAUGAGGGACCAGCUGCCAUUGAUAUAUCACCUGUUUGUGUGCUCGGCUGAGGAUUGUGAACUGAGUUUUACAAGCCAGAUGCCACCAGCCGUUUCAACCCCUUGAAUGUAGGUUUCAUAAUUGAGAACUGCUUUUGACUCAGAUCACGCAAAUUUAUUUCACUGGGGCA